AUGAAUUUUGUCCGGGACUUCGCAUCGACCACCAUCUUGGUCUUCCUCGUGGCUGGACUUCAAUUGGCAAGCGGGAACCAAGAACCAAUAACACGAGACAAUGGAAGCGUUUCCCUCGACGACUACCGUUUACCAAAAACGAUCAUCCCCGUCAAUUACGAGAUUAUGCUCAUGCCAAGACUAUCAGGUGACUUCGGGUUCAACGGCAUCGUACGCAUCAAGGCGGUGGUACAAGAAGCGACCGACAUCGUAAUCGUUCAUAAAGGAAGCCUCACCGUAACGAAGGCCACCGUUACCAACCUAUUGAACAACGUAUCCGUGAAUGUACAGAAUCCACCGAUAUAUAACAACGUUACAGAGAAAUAUGCGCUUAAACUCGAAGAACCACUCGCUAAGGGAAUGAAUAUUUCCAUCAACUUCGAGUACAGUGGAAAACUCAGGGAUGACAUGAUCGGAUUCUACAGGAGCUCCUAUGUCGACGCCGAAGGAAAGAUUAGGUGGAUGGCGUCAACACAGUUCCAGACAGCACACGCGAGACACGCCUUCCCCUGCUUUGAUGAGCCGAGUUUCAAGGCAACCUUCGUACUCAGGAUCUUGAGAUCCCCGGAAUAUACUUGCCUCAGCAACAUGCCACUUCGUAAUUCUGUUUCUGUGAAUCAAAUCUGGGACGAAUUCGAGCAAAGCAUCCCCAUGUCCACCUACCUAGUCGCCUUCAUCGUCUCCGACUUCAAGAGCUACAAAACCGGUAACUUCAGCGUAUGGGCGCGACCCAACGCCAUCGAGCAAGCCAGAUACGCUCUGGACGUAGGUCCACGUGGUCUCCGAAGCCUCUCCAACUUCUUCAAACAAGAUUACCAGCUCCCGAAAAUGGACAUGGUGGCUGUACCUGACUUCUCGGCCGGAGCUAUGGAGAACUGGGGUCUCAUCACCUAUAGGGAGACCAGGCUACUGCGCGAUGAAGCUUCAACUUCGGAUGCUGUGACUCAGACUAUAGCUUCCGUGAUCGUUCACGAGCUGACGCAUAUGUGGUUCGGGAAUAUGAUCACGCCGGAAUGGUGGAGCUAUCUGUGGCUGAGCGAGGCGUUCGCUAGGUACUUCCAGUACUUUGGGACUGCUAUGAUUGAGCCGACAUGGAACAUGGACCAGCAGUUCGUUGUGGAGCAGCACCAAACCGCCUACGCUUCAGACGGCGUCGAGUCGUCGCAGCCGAUGACUCGCGAGGUUUCAAACUCGCAGCACCUUAGCUCCAUAGGGGACACCAUAACGUAUAACAAGGGCGGUAGCAUCGUGAGGAUGAUGAAUCUUGUUUUUGGACCGGACUUGUUCCAGGCUGUACUGCAAAAUUAUCUUAAGAACAACAAAGAGGUGAAGGUAGCUCGUCCAGGGGACCUCUGGAGAGAGUUGCAAAACGAGAUAAACAGUCGUAAGAUGCAAUUAAACACCACUGUUGCUGAGAUCAUGACCACGUGGACGGAGCAAGCAGGAUACCCUGUGGUGACAGUGACCCUCGACAAACAGGGAGUAGCGAGUGUGACGCAGAAACGUUUCCUUCUGAGGAAUUUGAAAUCGACUUCGACAAACUCGACGUGGUGGAUACCCCUCACUUGGAGCACGGAUAAAGCAGGGUUUAGCAGCUUGCAGCCGGGGUAUUGGUUGAGCAAGGCGCAGGAUAAAGUUGUCGUUGGGAAUAACACGGAAUGGGUGAUAUUCAAUGUUCAGUCUUCUGGUUUCUACCGAGUGAAUUACGACAACGAAUCCUGGUACCGAAUUUUCGAAACACUGAACAGUAAAAAGUACGAGAAUAUUCAUGUGCUUAAUCGAGCAGCACUGGUCGAUGACGCUCUGAAUCUAGCCAGGGCUGGUUUGCUAUCGUAUAACACGACGUUAGACGGCCUCCGAUAUCUGAAAUUGGAAACAAAUUAUUUGCCUUUCAAGUCUGCGCUUACUGGACUCUCGUACCUCGAUCAGAGGCUAUCUGGACAUGCUGUGUAUUAUGCGAAGUUUAAGGAAUUCGUCCUCCUUCUUAUAAAAAAUAGAUACGAGGAACUGGGAUAUGUAGACAAGCCAUCUGACGAUAGACUGACAGUGUUAUUGAGAGCUGAACUGAAUAAAUGGGCCUGCAAUUAUGGACACGAGGGAUGUGUUAAAACUUUCACGAAUAUGUUCCAGCAAUGGCGGAAAGAUAAUACUGCAACAAUUAAGGCUAAUCAGAGAUCAGUGGCAUAUUGCAUGGGCGUGAAACACGGAACCAAAGAGGACUGGGACUUCUUAUGGAAUCAAUAUUUCAACUCGAACUCCGGCAAUGAGCAGGCAACUAUAAUGCAGGCUCUUGGAUGCACCACUAAUUCUACGAUCUUAGAACAAUAUCUUCUCUCGGCACUGCAAGGUUUCGAAGUGAGCAGAAUCCGCAAGCAGGACGCCACUUCCGUGUUUUCUGCGGUUUACGGUACAGGAAUGGCCGGUGCUGAGGUGGUGAUGAAUUUCGUCAACAAAUAUUACACCAAAAUGCAGGAAUAUGACGACGGUCUGGGUAUGGUUUCAAGCGUUCUCUCUUCAGCGUCGCAACGUUUCUCCACCGAGCUCCUGGUCGACAAAUUCGAGAACCUGAUACAAAACCGCUCAGCGGAAUUCAGCAGCAUCUUAAAAUCCCUGCAAAACGCGCUUCAAAUAGCGAGAUACGAGUUGUGGUGGUUCGAGGAGAACACAAAGGCCGUCAUACCGUGGGUGGAGUCUUACCUCGAGGAAGAAAAAAGCGCGCCAGGAAACAACACCAGCGACACUACGGACUACCGUUUACCUAAAAGUUUAAGUCCCAAAAAGUACAAUGUCUUGCUCGAGACCAACGUCGCCGAAGCAGAGAAUUUCACGUUCCGGGGAGAAGUAGAAAUCAGUGCUGUGGUCGCUGAGAAGACAGAAACGAUCGUUUUGCAUUCGUCGGAUCUUGUCCACGAAAAAAUUACUGUGCUCGUAGGAAGCAAAAAUGUGCCAACGGUGGAUACGAGUGUGGAUACGAAAUAUGAUUUCUUGAAGAUCGAACUUGCUGAAGAGUUGCAAGUUGGACAGAAUGUAUCCAUCUUUGUGACGUUUAAAGGGUACUUGAAUGAAGACAUGAGAGGAUUUUAUAGGAGCUCUUACUUUGACGAUGAUGGCAAUAUAAGUUGGUUAGCAGCAACACACUUGGAGCCAGUCGGAGCAAGAAAAGUGUUCCCCUGUUUCGACGAACCCGCAAUGAAAGCGACAUUCAACAUUCAAGUCGUGGUACCACAACAUUUUAGCGCAGUUAGUAAUAUGCCGAUUAGUCUCAUUGCGAAUCAGACAGACGGAACAAUCAAAGUGUCAUUCAAAGAAAGCCCCAUAAUGUCCACAUACCUGGUGGCCCUGGUAGUCGGCGACUUGGCUGCAACUCAAAAGGGGAUUUACUCCGUAUGGUCAAGACCAAACGCAGUGAACGACACUCUCUACGCGUUAUCCGUGAUGGACCCCCUCAUCAAAUUUUACGAGAACGCCCUGUCGUUGCCAUAUCAGCUUCCCAAAAUGGACAUGGUAGCAUUACCUGACUUCGUGUCGGGCGCGAUGGAGAACUGGGGUCUGCUGACAUACAAGGAGAGAUAUUUGCUGUAUUCUGACGCUACCUCGACCACAGCGUCCAAACAGAGUAUCACCAAUGUCAUAUCGCACGAGAUCACUCAUCAGUGGUUCGGGGACCUGGUCAGCCCUCUCUGGUGGAAGUACCUGUGGCUGAAUGAGGGUUUCGCUAGGUACUUCCAGUACCAUGGAACUGCUAGGAUACGAGAGGAUUGGAACCUGGAAGCUCAAUUUGUGGUGGAGCAGGUGCACUCAUCUCUGGAGGCGGACAGUUCGGCCUCCACCCACGCCAUGACUCACGACGUGUACAGUCCCACGCAAAUUAGGGGUAUAUUCGAUACCAUAUCUUACGGGAAGGCGGCUAGCGUCAUCAGAAUGGUGGAGAAGUCGUUCGGUCAAGACGUAUUCUUCAAGGCCCUUCAUAAUUACCUGGAGAAACGACAAUACAAUGUGGCAACCCCCGAAGACCUGUUCGACGCUUUCAAAGAUCAGAUUAGCGACCCAGACAUCAAGAACUCCUUCCAUGAUAUAAUGAAUACGUGGACCACGCAGCCUGGUUACCCCGUUCUCCACGUCACCGUCGAACCUGAUAAACUGCUUGUCAAACAACAAAGGUUUUACCUGAAACCAGGAACGACUGCUAACAGCACCUGGUACAUUCCACUGACGUGGACGUCGCUCGACAACCCAGAUUUCAGUGACACGAAACCAAAAUUCUGGAUCAAAAAUACACAGGAAGCCACUGUUCCGUUGAACAGUAGCAAUUUGACUUUGCUGAACGUACAAGAAUCUGGCUUCUACCGCACAAAUUACGACAUCGACACGUGGAAUCGAAUAAUCGGGUUCUUGAAGAGCGACAAAAGAAAUUUGAUUCACGAAAUUAAUCGUGCAGCGCUGGUCGAUGAUUUAUUGCACUUUGGCCGAGCGGAUGUGGUCGAUUACAGUAUCGUUCUAUCCGCGAUGGAAUAUUUGGCCAACGAGACAAGUUACCUUCCAUGGCGCGCAUUCUUCAACGGCCUCAGUUAUUUGCAUAAACAUAUGCAGAAUAGGGACGCAUUUGGUGCAUAUAAGCAAUACCUAACAUCAUUACUGACUCCAAUAUAUAAUCACCUGGGAUUCGAGGAUAAGAGCACUGACAGCCAUGAAACUAAAUUGUUCAGGUCACACGUUCGCAAGUGGGCUUGUAAAUUGGGUGUAUCAAACUGCACUGAACAAGCGUUAUCCUAUUGGCCGGGUAUAAUUACAAAACCCCAGCCUAACUACCUUAGCACAGUUUUGUGUACGGUUGCCAGGACCAAUGAUCCCAUAUAUUGGUUCAAUUUAUGGAACUACUUCAUAACGGAGACGUUCUCUGAAAGCAGAUUGAUAAUACUUCAGUCUAUGGCUUGUGCGACGGAUGCUCAGAUCGUCGAAGAUUUACUUUUCAAAGCGAUUUCCAAGUCGUCCACCAUACGAUUCGAGGACAGUUCAAGCAUCUUCACUUACGUCAUGGACUCCAGCGCAGAGGGUGCCUCAAUUGUGAUGGACUUUGUCGAACAUAAUUUCGACGCUAUGGUGAAAUAUUACAGGAAAGAGUCCGACGCUCGCAGUAUCGUUAACGCAAUAGGAAAACGAGUGGUUUCACGCAAGCUUUAUGAGAAGUACAGUGCCUUGCUUACCUGGCUCAGCAACAGAUACCCAAAUUCCGCAAAAGCCUUCGAGUCAUACAAAACCGACCCAGCCUACGAAUUGAAAUGGGCGGACAAUCACGUCCCCAAACUGCACGAGUGGAUCGAGACUCGAUAUUCUCGGGGAGAAUACAGACUGCCGUCCACGUUUUCACCUGAAGCCUACACUCUCUACUUAUGGCCGCAAUUCAAGGACGACUUCGAGUUCACCGGAGAAGUUCUCAUCGAGAUAAAUCGCCAGUCUGACGACGUGUCUCGUAUUGUACUGAACUCCCACAAAUUAGGAAUCUUGAAAGUGAUCGUUCACCAAGUCUCCGCGAACUCGUCCACGGAAGAGUUGGAAAUCAGCAGCAUGGUGCCGAACGCGGACACUCAGACCUUGGCGAUAUUCAUGAAAAAAUUCAUCACGAGCGACAAAGUGCGGCUCAACAUUUCGUUCACGGGUUAUCUGAACGAUAAUAUGGAAGGUUUUUACAGGAGCCACUAUGUCAACAGCAAAGGCGAGCUUCGAUGGUUGGCAACGACUCAGUUUGAGCCGACGUUCGCCAGACAAGCGUUCCCCUGCUUCGACGAACCCGCCAUGAAGGCGACCUUCAGCAUCCACAUACGAAGACCCAAAGAUUACGUUGCCCUGAGCAAUAUGCCCUUGUUGGCCAGCGAGUCAGAAAUUGAUGGUUACGUCUGGGACACGUUCGAUGUGACAGUAAAGAUGUCUUCGUACCUGGUCGCGUUCGUCGUCUCCGAUUUCCAAACCGUGAGGAGCACCAACAGCUAUGUCCAAGUGUGGGGACGUCCCGAGAUCGCGAAGAAGGGCGAACUCGCUGAGAUCGCUGCUCUGCGACUUCUUGAGUUACUGAACGCGGAAACUGGACACAAGUAUAGUCUCCCGAAGAUGGACCUCAUAGGAAUUCCAGACUUCAACAUGGGUGCCAUGGAAAACUGGGGACUGGUCACCUUCAGGGAAUACGGACUUUUCUACGACAAAGAUGUGACAACCGCCAAAUACAAGGACUACAUAAUCACCAUAAUAGCCCACGAAUUGGCUCACAUGAUGUUCGGAAAUCUGGUCACCUGUCAUUGGUGGGAAUACAUCUGGUUGAACGAAGGUUUCGCAGAGUAUAUGCAAUGGGUACUCUCAGACCUGUAUCUACCUAUGAAUGGUUACAACGAUAUGUUCGUUGUCGAUGAACUGCAACCGGCGCUGCUGAACGACGCUACGACUUCCACGCAUCCAAUGAACAAUCCUGUUGUUACACCCUCUCAGAUAAAUAAUGUCUUCGACACUGUUACUUAUGGAAAAUCGUCCAGUGUGUUACGAAUGUUACGGGAAACGUUCGGAAGAGAAGUGUUCAGCAACACAAUAUACAGGUACUUGCUGAAGCAUCAGAGUAGCACAGCAACCCCAGCGGACCUCUGGGAAGUUUUCGAUGAAGAGGUGAAGAAGGCCGGUAGUCUAGGUGAUUGGGAAAUGUCAAUGGAAGAAUUGAUGGACGGUUGGACCAAUCAAAAGGGAUAUCCUAUUGUGGAAGCAAGAUACCGCUCGACCAAUAUAAUAUUUACUCAGAAAAAUUACACCACAUACGAAAAUUCCGGCGCCUUCUGGAUACCCAUCACCUUCACGACCAGCAAAAGUCCGAACUUCGCGAACACGACGACGAACGUGUGGUUAGGUCCAACUCCGCAGGAGAUAUUCGUAGGCAGCCUCAAUUGGUUCGUCGUGAACAUCCGACAGACCGGCUACUACCGAGUGAACUACGACUACGACUCUUGGAUGUACCUGAUUGGAGCCUUGUCAGCAAACAAUCACAGCGGCAUACACGUCACGAACCGUGCCCAAAUAAUCGACGACCUGUUCAACCUCGCUCGUGAUGGCCACUUGUCUUACAACGUGACGUUGGACGGCUCGUUGUACCUCAGGAACGAGAUGGAUUAUUUACCUUGGAAGGCGUUCUUCAACGCGUGGCAAUUCCUUGCGCAACGAUAUGAAGGCCAUUCUAAUAAUGCAUUGCUUAAAAAAUAUGUUGAGUUGCUGACUUCUAAGGUGUUCAAGAAACUGGGCUUUGUGGAUGAUCUGACGAAGGACCACCAGGAACUCUUGAACAGGGAACUCAUCUUAACUUGGAUGUGCAGGAUUAGGCACGCGGAUUUUAUAAAGGCGUCUUGGAAGCUGUUCAGGGAAUGGCGCUCAAGUCUUAAAAAUGGAAUUUCACCGAACGCAAGAGCGGCCGUUUAUUGCACAGCUAUGAAAAUAGCCAAUGAAAAAGAAUGGCGCUUCUUGUUUGAACAAUACCAGAAGACAGAGCUUGCUACUGAGAAGAAAGUCAUUUUAGACGCCCUUGGUUGCGCGCAGAACAGAGAAAUACUGAACCAGUUUAUACAAAUCGCGUUGAAUCGUACUAUACCAUCCCAAAUCCGAAAGCAGGACGUCAAUGCAGUGUUCGCUGCUAUUUACAAUGCUGGAUCAACUGGUGUCGACGUGAUAUUGGACUUCCUGAUAAGCGAUUAUAAAAAAUUAUAUGAUUACUAUGACAGUUGGGACGGUGUUCGCAGUUUAAUCUCUAAGGUGGCUUCACGAGUGUCAACAGCCAGCCAAAUAACGAAGCUCGUCCAGUUCGGCGGAGUGAAAGACGAAGAAGUGAGGCACAUUUUACCAGCGGUGCAGGCUGCCAUUAAAACAGCGCAGAAAAACGACCUCUGGUACAAAACCUACUCACCGAUAAUCGAUGAAAAGUUGAAGCUUUUAAUUCAGACCCUGCAUCCGAACGCUGCAGUUAAUGUUCAGCCUUCAAGCAUAUUUUCCAUAACAGUAUUUUCGAUAAUCGUGUACAUAUUAGGUCACUAA